AUGGAUUCUGCUAUGGAUUUCACUCCGCCAAAAAAGUUCAGAAAGCUUGACUCUGGGGAUGUUGGAACUGACGAUCUCUGCGACGAACAUAAACCCCGUGCAAGUGAUAGUCUAACCAACCGUAUUCUUCAAGAAAAGGGUGAUGAAAACGAAAGUAAAAGCAAAGACUUUGAAGAAGAGAGCAAAAAUAUUGCCGCUGAUUUUUCUUCUCCGGCGAAAACGAUACAGAAAAUUCAGUCGGGUAAUGAUCAAUUAAAAUCAGAAGUUUAUGAAUCGAAGAGGAAAAUUGACACCCGUGAAGUGGCCAGUAGCGGCGAAAUGAGUACAAACGGAUUGAACAUACACAAAAGGCACAGAAAACCUGAUGAUGAAAAUAAAACUAACGAAACUGUGACUUCUCCACCGAAAAAAGCUCAAAAAAUCGAUAGCUUAGCUUCGACCUACGACCACAAAAUCGGCAAAGUCGAAGCGGGCGACAAUCUGAAUGAAAACUCUAUAGAAAAGACAACCGGAAAAGUUGUCAAAGCUACAGUAGGCAACUUUGAUAUUUCUGAAAGCCUUCCUGCUAAAGUUACUUCUGAAAGUGGACAAACUAACCCCGAUCAAAGCUCUGGCGAUUCUAAUUUGUCUUCCCCGUCUAAAACUCAAAAGUCAAGUUGCGAAAAAGACCCUUCUAGCGAGAAAGUCGAUGAAAAUAAAAAUAUCUGUUUAUCUGGCUCGGUCUGUGAAGAGAUUGAGGCUAAGAACGUUGAAGAGAAAAGCCAGCUUAAAAAAGAAAGUGAUCGUCACAAAAGUACGAAAGACUUGCAAGGGGAUGUCCUGCAAAAGACAGAUUACAGAGAGACUGAUGAUGAACAGAGAACUAUUAGUGUUGAUGAAACCGUCCAUGAUGACCGAAUUGGUACGUAUAAGAUUGACAAUGGAAGCAAAAAUACAAUUGAAUCUAAAGAAUCGUGUGAAGACUUUGCGCAGAAUAAGUGUGAUGAAUCUAGCAUGGGACGCCAAAAAGCUUCGGCCGAAAAAGACAUAAACGCUGUUCAAAAUGGACGUCCCGUUGUGACGGAAACUGAAGGUGAAUCGGCCUGUGUUGACCAAAAUAGCAUUAGUGACACACACGCUGCCGAAGAAAAAGACGCGGCUGAUUCAAUGAAAGCUGGUAUCUGUGUCGAUAAAGAACCUGUAAUCUCUAAAGAUAUGGAGAAAACUGGAGAUGCUGAAGAAAAUGAGGGAAAUAUUCCAGAUCUUAAAGUUAAGGUUAUAAAAUCCAGUUGCGAUGUAAGCGGCUUUGCUGACAGCCAAAAUAAAGUCGAAUGCCAAAAUUAUGUGACGGAAUUCGACGAAACUCUCUCGAAUGAAGAAACAAAAUUUAAGGCCAAUCAAUCUCUGCUUAAUAAAGAUGAAGACUUGUCUGAUCUUGACCAAUAUCAGAAACGGCAGCAGUCGGUGGAAGUCGACAAUGAAACUGUCAAAAAUCCUGGUCUCUCUGAUCUUUCUUGUGACAAGGUUAAGCCCGACCCUGACAUAAGAGAAAUUGAAGCAAAUGGUAAUCUUAUAAGAACCGAUGUUACUUAUGACUGGUCAGAUUCUGAAUCUAAAAAUGUUUCUCUGGAUAAUAGUAAAUGCCAAAACUCUGUCAAAUUGACAGGGUUAUGUGAUGCUAUAGAUAGCAAAACUAACAAUACUCAGCCGGAGAACGAAUCUCUAUCGAAAGAUAAGCAAAACGAAGCAAAUGAAGAAAAUUAUAAAGUAGCUGACAAUAUGGCUGUGGAACAAAACGAUGAAUGCAUGGAACACAACGAUACUGUUAAGAAUAAUGUCGAAUGCCCAAAAGAAAGGUCUGAAACUAACUCGGCAGAAAACAGGAGUAGCGAGCACCACGGCGAAAAUUCUACCGGAAAAAUGGAGUGCCAAUUGCCUGAAAAUGGUCAAAAGAAAAACAUCACUGACGAUUCCGAUACAGUGAAUUCGAAACUCGAUAUUGCUGACAAGGAGGGUGGUGUGGUCUUAGAAAAUAGCGACUGCCAAGUUUCUACAAAGGAAAAUGAAAAGCCUGUCUCGAAGAACGAAGAAACAGAAAAUUCUGACGGUGUACCGGAAGAGUCUGCGAGUGAAGAGUCGAAGCAUCUUGGAAAGGCAGACCAGAAAACUGUAGAUAAUUCCGAAUGCAAAGACUCUUUAAAAAUAAAGAAAGCAAAAUUAUCUUAUAACGAAACCGCUAGAACUCUGGACGUUGAUAUUACCCCCGGCUUUGAGCAGGGUCAAGAAUUUGUCAAAGACGAAGAAAUAACUGAAAAACCAGAAAGUAAAACAGAAUUGAAUAAUGGUCAGACUAAGAUCAAAGACAUAAAUACUACGAAAGACGCUACAGAGAUUUCGAAUGAUAAUCCUACUCAGAGGAACUGCAAUGAAUUCGUUGCCAGUGUACUUGACCACGAAAAUAGAAAACCUGAUCUGCUUAAUUUAGAUAAAGUAAAUACUGCACAGAAUAUGAAAUCGGAAAAAAAUGUUGCUACCAAUGAGCCUGAAAAAAUGGUCGAUGGUGACAUGGAAUUAGAUUCUGCUCUCUGUCAAGAGAGCACGAAAGAAUCUGGCCAAAAUAUUGCUGAUAAAACCCAGUAUAUAAGGAAUGAUACCACUGGUCAAUCAAAUAUACUUAAAGAUGCUGAUCAUUCUGAUCUUUAUGAGCAUGAGGCAAAACUCCAGGAGUCAGCGGAAAUUAAAGAAGCUGUCACCGAUGUUGAAAGCAGUAAAUCUGCUGACAUCUCUAAUGAAACUGACCCCAAUCAGGCGGCAAAUAAAACUGAUAAAGACGAUAUUAUGAGUAGAACUGAUGCCGUUAAUGAUCAACCAGACAAGAGCAUAAAAAGUGCUCUCCGGGAUAAGGAGUGUCAGCACGCUAUAAAACAAAGUAAUAACAUGAAUAACCAAACUUUACCUGACAAUGAAGAGAAUGGGACAACUUUACAAAAAGAUGCCGAUUCAAACGUCGAGGAAAACAGUACUAAAAAAUUCGAUAUGGUUACUGAACAAGACAAAUGUUUGGAACCUUCAGUUAUUGCUGAAGACUAUGAUGAUUCGAAAAAUAGGGGAAAAAAUGGCGGUGCGACAGAUGCUAGUAACUUUGCUACAGGAAGUACUCCAAAGGAACGCAAGGAACAGUAUACUGAUCGUGACUAUGUGAAAGGAUUAGAACCAAAUAUUUCUGUAAAUAAAACUGGUAAUUCUUAUAGCGAAGGCCAAAGCCUCACCGGCAUCGCCACUAAUCCGCGUGGUAAGGACGAUAAGGAUUUAUCAGUGUCUCAGUAUGGGAAGCGUCUAGAGACAGCGGAAGACUACAAAGAAAAUAUUAGUGAUGUCAAAGAGAGUAAACGAGACGAUAGUCUCGAAACAGGUGCUGAUUACACUGUUGAUAAUGACAAACCCGGCAGAGAAAGCGACGAGAGUAUGGAAGUUGAUACUGCUCAAGAGAAAGAAGUAUUCCCAGAUACAAACCAGCAGAAUGUAGGUAACGAUGAUUUAAAGAUCGAUAAUGUAGAAGCUGGUGAGAGUAAUGGAUUCAUGGAAUGUGAUGCCGUACAGGAUAAGGACUAUACAGGUGUUAAUAAAGAAAACGAAGUUCAUAAUGAAAGCGAGAAGCAUUAUAAGAAAAGUGACAUCGAAUGCCAGGACAUUACGAAAGGCGAUAAAGAUAUGUGUGAUAGUGACAGCAAGAAUACGUUUACUAACAGUGAAGAGAUUCGUUCUCCAGAGACAACAGAAGACAUGAAAAAUAUAACUAAAGAUGCAAAAACUGUAAAGUCUAAUGAUGAAUGCAUAGAACCUGGUGCUGCUGAAACAGAUUCCAAAGACUCUGCUAAAGAAAACGGAAACGCCUCUAGCGUCUCUAAUGAAAAAGGUGACGCGUUUGACAGUGAGGGCAAGGGACUUGAUCCUCUUAUUAAUAAUGGACGAUAUACGGAUGUUGAAAAGGCGGCGGAAAAAGCGUCCACAAACGACGAAAGUGAGGACGCAAAACUCUCGCAGAGUUCUUCGACAAAGUUAGAAACCUCUAACAAUGAGACAAAUCGUCCGUGCCGGUGUUGCUCAUUUACUGAUCAUGCCUUAUUAAGUAUAACGCUGCGUAGCGUCCGAAGCCCCUGCGCUACUUCACAACGCCAUCCCGUCCUCAGUCACCGGUGUGUCCGCGAUCGAAUCCUGUGGCUAACCGUGAAGUUGGUCACUUCGAUCACCGUUUGCAGCAAAUUACGGAAUACUGACGACACGUUCUUCACUCUCUCUCUCUCUCUCUCUCUCUCUCUCUCUCUCUCUCUCUCUCUCUCUCUCUCUGUCCGCGUCUCUGCCUCAACUGCUGCUCUCUCUGUCCGCCUUCUUUUCUCGCUUCUCUGUCGCUCAGUCAAAUCUCAAGUGCUGCUGGGUGGCCCUUGUAUGUCUAAAUAUGAGGAGCCUCCUUGCGGGGAUGGCCGUAGCAAUACAUCAUUCCGCCAUCUUGUUCUCCCCACUCUUGUCCGCACCUCACACCAAUACCUUUCAGUGGGCGUAUUCAUUUUCCUCCUACUUCUUAAUAUCAGCUUCUCACACUGCCAACCAUCCAGGGAAUAG